UGGUGGGUGGGCCGGGCGCGGGACGGGAGGGGCCAAGAGCUGAGCCGGGCCGUGCCGCGCGCCCAGCGGGGCGGGCUUCGGGCUGCGCCAGAGAGUGGGGCUGCUGUCGCCGGUGUCUGAGCCUCUGCUCCGGACUCUGAGGCAGUGAAGGAGAAAACUAUAGCACGGGAUGGCUUGGUCGGCUAGUCCAAAGUCACGCAACUGGUUCGGGCCUAGCCCGGAUUUCCACAGUGAGCCACAUGGCCCCUGCAGACUCGGCCUCGGAGGGUCCCAAGCCUGAGGACCCGCCAGUGCACCACCUCUUUGGAAAGUGCCCUUCUGACUCAGUCAUGGCGAAGCUGGAGACCUUACCUGUGCGUGCUGAUCCAGGGAGGGACCCUCUCCUGGCCUUUGCCCCCCGGCCUUCUGAGCUUGGACCCCCAGAUCCCCGCCUGACUGUGGGUAGUGGGGUUACCCAUGCCCAGGAGUUUCCUAUGAAAAGCGUGGGCACUCGAACAGGGGGUGGAGGCAGCCAGGGCAGUUUCCCUGGUCCAAGAAGCAGCGGCAGUGGACCCAGCAGGGAGAGACCUGGCCGCUACCCAUCGGAGGACAAGGUUCUCGCCAACUCUCUCUACCUCAAUGGCGAGCUGCGGGGCAGCGACCACACAGACGUCUGUGGUAAUGUGGUGGGCAGCAGUGGGGGCAGCAGCAGCAGUGGGGGCAGCGACAAGGUUCCACCACAAUACCGUGAACCCGGCCACCCACCCAAGCUCCUGACCACCUCUGGCAAGCUAGACCAGUGCUCAGAGCCACUAGUUCGGCCAUCAGCCUUCAAGCCUGUUGUACCCAAGAACUUUCAUUCCAUGCAGAACUUGUGUCCUCCACAGACCAACGGGACCCCUGAGGGACGACAGGGCCCUGCUGGCCUCAAGGGCGGACUGGACAAGUCUCGGACCAUGACCCCCGCGGGUGGGAGUGGGGGUGGCCUCUCAGACUCAGGCCGGAACUCACUCACAAGCUUGCCUACCUAUAGUUCCAGCUAUAGCCAGCACCUGGCACCUCUCAGUGCUUCCACCAGCCAUAUCAACCGUAUUGGCACUGCUGCCUAUGGUAGUAGCGGCAGCGGUGGGGGGUCAGGUUACCAAGACCUGGGGACCUCUGACAGCGGGAGGGCCUCCAGUAAGAGUGGGUCAUCAUCAUCCAUGGGGCGGCCAGGCCACCUGGGAUCUGGGGAGGGUGGAAGCGGGGGCCUGCCGUUUGCAGCCUGUUCACCACCCUCGCCCAGUGCACUGAUCCAGGAGUUGGAGGAGCGGCUGUGGGAGAAGGAGCAGGAGGUGGCGGCUCUGCGGCGCAGCCUGGAACAGAGUGAGGCGGCCGUGGCCCAGGUGUUGGAGGAGCGACAGAAGGCAUGGGAACGGGAGCUAGCUGAGCUCCGGCAGGGCUGCAGCGGAAAGCUGCAGCAGGUGGCCCGCCGCGCCCAGCGUGCCCAGCAGGGCCUCCAGCUGCAGGUGCUGCGGCUACAGCAGGACAAGAAGCAGCUGCAGGAGGAGGCAGCCCAGCUGAUGCGGCAGCGGGAAGAGCUAGAGGACAAGGUGGCCGCCUGCCAGAAGGAGCAGGCCGACUUCCUGCCCCGGAUGGAGGAAACUAAGUGGGAGGUGUGCCAGAAGGCCGGUGAGAUUUCCCUCCUGAAGCAGCAACUGAAGGACUCGCAGGCUGAUGUGUCGCAGAAGUUGAGUGAGAUCGUGGGACUGCGCUCACAGCUUCGGGAGGGUAGGGCCUCGCUCCGGGAGAAGGAGGAACAACUGCUCAGCUUAAGGGACUCCUUCGGCAGCAAGCAGGCCAGCCUGGAGCUGAGUGAAGGCGAGUUGCCCACUGCCUGCCUCAACCCUGCGCUGACCCCUGUGGACCUGGCCGAGCCACAGGAGGCACUGGCCUCCUGCGAGAGUGAUGAGGCCAAGAUGCGCCGGCAGGCUGGGGUGGCAGCGGCUGCUUCCCUGGCUUCUGUUGAUGGGGAAGUGGAUGCUGGGGGGGGGGGGACACGGGCCCUGCGCAGGGAGGUAGGGAGACUGCAGGCAGAGCUGGCUGCUGAGAGGCGUGCUAGGGAGCGCCAGGGCGCCAGCUUUGCAGAGGAGCGCCGGGUGUGGUUGGAGGAGAAGGAGAAGGUCAUCGAGUACCAGAAGCAGCUCCAACUGAGUUACGUGGAGAUGUACCAGCGCAACCAGCAGCUGGAGCGGCGACUUCGGGAGCGUGGGUCAGCAGGGGGUGCCAGCACACCUACUCCCCAGCAUGGCGAGGAGAAGAAAGCCUGGACUCCCUCCCGCCUCGAGCGCAUCGAGUCCACAGAAAUCUGAUUCUCUAUCUGCGUGCACAACCUUCUGACAAGUACCCAGUCUGAAGGUCGGAGUCACCAACGUCCCCUUCCAUCCAUUUCCCUUCCCCGUGUGUGCUGCAUAUCCCCAGACCAAAGAGGUUCUCAAAGCAGCUGUGACCAGCCCCGUUAUCCCGUCCAUGCAGCUCCAGCACUGCCUUUGUGGAUAGCCACUCCAGACCCUCCUGCUAAGGAGAGCGUGGGGGAGGGCAGAGUGCAUGGGGGUGAGGUCCCAGGUGCAGGAAGCAUGCUCCUUUUCUGGGAAGCCCCUUGUUGGAGAUGGAGGCAGCAGGUUUGCAUUGCCAGGAAGUUCCCCAGCCUCGUUUCCGGAUCUUGGGCCACCGUUGCUGGCCGCCUUGUGUCCAAUGCUAUUGUCCGUACUCUCCUCCUAGGCCACACAGCCUGAAGGAGCCUGCGUGGGUCUACCAAUGCUGACAGACCCUAGGCUCCUGGUCUCUCUCCUUCAUGUGGUGUUCUCCUUCCCCAAGCAGAUAGCAGAAGUAGGAGCAGAUGGCCUGCCUGUGGUUGAGAGGGCUACCUGCUCAACCCCCAGCAAGGUAUCUGGCUCAGGCCUUAGAGCCUGUGCUAGUCCUGAGCAUGUGUCCCUCUGUGUAUAUUGAGGGAGGUGAGAAUUGGGGCUGGAAGCUCAUUACCCAGGGUAGAUCUGCCCUCCUAUUCUUGGAAAGGGAAGGGUCACCUGGAGGCUUCUCUGCUCCCCCCUCUGGCCAGGAUCAUACAAGGCUGUAUCCCCCUGCUACUUGGUUGACCCCACCCUACCCAAGGUCAGUGUUCAGCUCUAAUUAUAGCUAUGAAGUGCUACCUGCCUCUUAGGUAUUCCGUUUGCCCCAUUUCUGAGGUCAGAUGGAUGCCUGCUGUCUUCUUGUGUUUUCCCUCCCUGUCUCCCCCAGCCUUCUGCUUUCACGCUCACAUCAUCUUCCCAGGCUGCCUUUUCUUCCAAGUCUCACCUUUUCUCCCAGCAGAAAGCUCUGCUUGAUUUUUGGUGCAAUGCUCACUUCCCAGCUCCACUGGCCCAAAUCUGAACCUGGGCCCCUUGUUGAGAGGGGCCAGUCAGGAUUGGAUGUGACUACCCCUGAAGAACAAGGCUAACAUUUGAGGAUCACCCUUUGGUUGCUUGUCAGACUCUUGAGUUGGCUCAUUUGUCCGGGCAAGGAUGGCUGGGAUGGUUAGGACAGUCGAUGUCCUUAUCUAGGAUCUCUCAGAGUCUAUCUCCCCAAGACAGGCAGGGAAAUUCUAAUUUCUCUUUUAAGAAAGAAAAUUUCUAAUUCACCAGCAAUAACAAUCAGAGGAGACUUGGCCCUCAGUCCUUGUAUUUCUCCUUUUCACCCCCUCUUCCAGCCCCAAGAUGGAAUUUUGGGGUCGGGAUGGAGAGGGUUGGUAACUACUGUGAGCAAGUCCCCCAAGCCCUGACCAGCCUCGUCCCACGACUGGUGACUGUUUAACACGCUGUGCACCCCCACAAAAACAGGAGUGCCCUAUUUAUGGCCUCCAAUCCUCCGCACAGCUCCUUCUGGGUGGUCCUCAACAGGUUUUUUACCUUGAAUGGAGGCCACUCUGGCAAUCACUGCCCACGCCUCGAAUCCCUCACUGCACCUGCUCCAGACCCUGAGCCUGGUCCACAGGGACUGGGAGAAGGCAUCAACACAAAACAAAACAGAGAUGGGGGAGAAAAAAUAUGAACAGCUUUGGAAUGUCCAACCACAAAAUAAAUUAUAUAUGAAUAUAUAAAUAUAAAUAUAUAUAUAUAUCAUAUGUGAUGGAAAGACUUUUCAUUUUCCUUUCCCAAAGAAAUAAAAUGGAGAAGCCUCUUAAAUGGCA